UACGCAGCUUCAAACCCCGCCCCCUUUCGCUUAGAUACUGGCGGGAGCUGCAAACCAGGAAGUGGCUGCUGCACUGACCUGCGGAUCAAAACAAAAAAGUUUUCGCUUUUAUUUUCACUUUUUUAAUCCAUCAUGGCUUCUGAUCCUGAAACAGAGCCAGAUAAAGGGAUGUGGGUUAAAACUCGAGAGGCCAUGGCACAUUUCCGGAAGCUACUUUUGUGCUCUAAAUGCUCGAACAUCCUGAGUGAGCCGGUGUGUCUGGGAAUCUGUGAGCAUGUGCUGUGCAGGUCGUGUGCAGGUCCUCAUGUGGGAGAUGGCUGCAGUGUGUGUCUCAGUCCCGCCUGGGUGAAAGACGUCCACAUUAACAGACAGAUCAGUAACAUCACGCAGCUCUUCCUGCAGCUAGAGGCUGUGCUCUGUCCCUCUGAGAGCUCAGAGCCUCCCGCUGAUUCUUCAGCACCCUCGACGGAACCCGCUAUCCUCACCAAGAAGAAGAACUUCAAGAUCUGGUUCAGUCCAAAGAGCCGUAAAGUGCGCUGUCGAGUGGAGAACCCAUCAGACUCGAAUCCGUCGGCGCCAGAGCGCUCUGACUCCAGCGUCCUGUCCGUCUUCAACUUCACCUCCUCCUCUCAGGAUUCGGGCUCCUCCACACCUCCCAGGGCGAGAGGAGGCACUGAACGGAAAGAGAAGAAGAAGAAGAAGAAAGAACGAAAGAAACGAAAGAGCAUGGUUAGGAAGCAGGUCCGAGGCUCCAGGGUUCAGAGUAAGGAAAAGAAGAUGAGGCUGGAGGCCGUGAACCAGCAGUGGGGGAUUGGGAAGGAUGGUACGGUGGAGAACGAGGAGGAUUCAGCGAACCAGAACGAGGCGAGGAGCGGGAAGAGGGUGUCCUUCCAGUGUCCAAGAGCUGAACAGGACGUGGAGGUUCCUCAGGAUGAGAAAAUAGUCCUCAGUCCAACGAGGAGGAGGAGCAUCCUGAAGGACGGGACGGAGAAGACACCUGAUCAAGCUCUCUCUGAGAUCCAACAACAUUCUUCUCCAAAAAGAUCCAGACCACAAGGUGGAAGCCCACAGAGCACCCCGAAGCGUCCCAGACUAUCUCCAGGCCAGAGGGUGAGGAGGAGGAGGAGAUCAGGUCCAUCUCCAGACACCUCUCCGUAUUCCAGCAUUCCUGAAAGAUCUGUAGAAGAAAGGAAAGGGAAGGAAACCCCAGGGAGCUCUCCUGCCACUGGGAGGAGUCAGACUAGCCCCGCCUACAUGAAGAGGAAUCAUAAAGGAGAGACGCGUCUGCACCUCGCUGCCAUUAAGGGUGACGUGGAGCUGACGAGAUCGCUCCUGGAGCAGGGAGCCGACCCCAACCUGAAGGACCACGCUGGCUGGACCCCACUGCAUGAGGCGUGUAACCUGGGUCACGUGGGUGUGGUGGAGGUGCUGCUCCAGCAGGGGGCGCUGAUUAACACACCCGGCUACGAGAACGACUCUCCUUUACACGACGCUGUGAGGAACGGCCACGCUGCUGUCGCCAAACUGCUGCUGGAGCACGGAGCCUCAACCACUGUACUGAAUACAUUUGGCCUUCGACCUGUUGAUUACGCUGAGACUCCAGAAAUGCGAGAGGUCCUAAGUUUGGUUCCUGAGGCACCUCAUCUGGGAACCACGCCAGUGAGCUCUCCAGCAAAUCUGUCCAAGUCUCCAGCGCUGAUGAGGAAGGAUGUUCAGGCCACUCUGAUUGGGAGUAAACUGACAGCGGCUCAGCAGAACCAGCUCACCAAAGCAGCUCGAGUCCUGGGAGGAAAACGAGUCGAGACUUUCUCCAGCGCAGUCACACAUGUGGUAGUGCCGGAUGGUGCCAUGCCCUCCACCCUCACCGUCCUGCAGGGAAUCCUGAACGGCUGCUGGGUCUUAACAUUCACAUGGCUGGCCGAGUGUCUGCAGCAGGGCCGUUGGCUAGAGGAGAGCGAGUUCGAGGCGGGCGAGGGUCCACAGCGGGCUCGAGUGAACAGAGUCAGUCUGCUGCCUCCUCUCUUCAACGGCUGCUUCUUCUACCUGCUCGGCUCUUUCCACAAGCCUCCGAGAGACGAGCUGGUGCGGCUGGUGAGGGCAGGAGGAGGCCAGCUGCUCAGCCGGCAGCCCAAAGCCGACAGCGACGUGACUCAGACGGUGAUGGCGGCGGCGUAUCACGCUCAGCCCGACUCGGAUCAGGCGUUCUGCACUCACUACGUCCUGUAUGACUCGCAGAGCUCGAGCAGACCCGGGCCGGUCCGUCUGGGCAAAGUGUGGUCAGCUCCUUCUUCAUGGCUGCUGGACUGCAUCAGGGCCUUCAGCCUCCUUCCUGUCCCCGAGCUCUGACUCAUUUCAUGCCUCGAAUAUGUUUAAGAUUGACUGACAGGACACAAAUCAUGAAUAUAACAGCGUGACGCAAAUUCCGAGCUCUUUUCAUGGCAUCACUAUAAAAAAAUCACCAGGCCUUAUUUAUCAGUCUUUUACUACAUAUAUUUGUGUGGAAAUUUUCGUUAAAAAAAGAAAAAAAAGAAAAAAAAAAUUCUCAUCAGGUUUAUUAAAAAAAUUUUACGCGCUCAUGUGCGUAUGAAAAACUCCAAUCAGCCGUAAAAUACCAAGUGUCUUCAUGGCACAGAUGAUUUUCAUUUAGCCACACCCACAAAACUCAUUCCAUAAAAGGAAAGCUUACAGAAUUAAAUACGACAAAAUGACAACUAAAUGGUGAAAAAGCACCUUCUAAGUGCAGUGUGUGCUAAAUCUUCCAGUAAUGCAGCUCAGCCACUGCAGCGAGUCAGCGACCACAGACACACACUCAGUCCUCCUCCUUUUAUAGGGUGCCAUUACUUUGUCCUAAUUGUAGAGCGAGUCUUAUUUGUCUUGAUUUAUGGAUUUGUUUUGGAUCGCAUUCUUUUAAGUCAUUAAUACGAAGUGUCUGAGUUUGCUAAAAUGUUCAAUAAAUUAGUGUGUAACUGAAAUAAAUAAGUGAUUUAAAUGCUCGUAAUCUGUAUAGAAAAUCGCCUUUACUCAUCAACAAUUAUACGAUUUAAAGUUGAUCAUGUUCGAGGUUCACAUUAGUGAGUUUCCUUAUAUGUAAAUUUACAGAAACUCAGGAGGAUGUGAACAUUUUUCUGAACUAAUUGGAUUUUCAUGAACACCACAUUUUUUUGCGUAAAAGCUCCUGCGAAUAAAUUUGUUCGUAUCCAGUUUGAUAAAUGAGGCCCGUUGUUAGUUUGUAGAUGAAGUAUCUGUAUGAACUCUCUCUUUUUUUUUUUUUUUUUGUUUUUUUUUUUACUAUAGCUAUUAUUUCAAGCCACAUUCAGUCUUAGGCACAUGUAAAGAACUUCUGUAAAAUGAAAUGUAUGUAAUGAAACGUUUAAAGAAUGGACUAUAAAGAGCAGUAAAGAGUAAAAAAGUCUAAAUCUGA